AUGGGAGAGAGCGACGACAGUGCACAAGGUGUAGACGAGGUGAGGAUUCCUCUGUUAAGGGAUCAAAAUGCGGCAGAGGAAGACGGAAAAAUAUGGUUGGAGACGAAGAAGCUAUGGCGUAUCGUUGGACCAGCCAUAUUCACCAGAAUCUCGACCUACUUGAUCCUCGUAAUCACUCAGGCCUUCGCCGGUCACCUCGGUGAGCUUGAACUCGCCGCCAUCUCCAUCGUCAACAACGUCGUCAUCGGCUUCAACUUCAGCCUCCUCCUUGGAAUGGCGAGUGCGUUGGAAACGCUGUGCGGUCAAGCGUUUGGAGCAAAGAAAUAUGACAUGAUGGGAGUGUAUUUGCAGCGAUCUUGGAUAGUUCUCUUGUUAUGCUGCGUCUUGCUCCUCCCUAUGUACAUCUUUGCUUCCUCGAUUCUCAAGUUCUUGGGCCAGCCUGACGACAUCGCUGAGCUCUGUGGUACCAUCGCCGUUUGGGUCAUUCCUGUUCAUUUCGCGUUUGCCUUCGUUUUCCCUCUCAACCGAUUCCUUCAAUGUCAGCUCAAAAAUAAGGUGAUUGCAAUAGCGGCUGGAGUGUCACUUGUAGUUCACAUAUUAGUGUGCUGGCUAUUUGUGUACGGUCUUAAUCUUGGAGUCAUUGGGACCAUGGCUACUGUUAACUUGGCAUGGUGGCUCAAUGUCUUGAUAUUAUUAACCUACGCCACUUGCGGCAAAUGUCCAAUCACUUGGACCGGUUUCUCCAUGGAAGCUUUCACCGGACUAUGGGAAUUCGCUAAGCUCUCUGCCUCCUCCGGAGUCAUGAUUUGUUUGGAGAAUUGGUAUUAUAGGAUCUUAAUUGUGAUGACUGGAAAUCUGGACAAUGCAAAAAUUGCCGUCGACUCUCUGGCUAUAUGUGUGCGAGUUGCGAAUGAAUUAGGAGCAGGCAACGGGAAAAGGGCAAGAUUUGCAAUGAUCAUAUCAGUGACGCAAUCGUUAAUCAUUGGAAUAAUCUUUUCGAUGCUCAUAGUACUUUUUCAUAACCAAAUCGGUUGGAUCUUCACUUCAAGUAAAACUGUCAUCAAAGCAGUCAAUAAUCUCUCAAUUCUCUUAGCCUUUACUAUUCUUCUCAACAGUGUCCAGCCAGUUCUUUCCGGUGUUGCGGUUGGUUCGGGUUGGCAAUCAUUUGUGGCAUAUAUAAAUUUGGGAUGUUACUAUUUCAUUGGAAUUCCACUUGGAUAUGUCAUGGGAUGGGUUUUCAACUAUGGAGUUAGAGGUAUGUGGGCUGGUAUGAUAUUUGGAGGAACCACGAUUCAGACACUGAUAUUGAUUGUUAUUGUUAUGAGAUGUGACUGGGAGAAAGAGGCAGAACGAGCAAGUGCGCGCGUUAAGCAAUGGUCAGUCUCAGAGGAAAUAUAUUGA